AUGAAGGUUGCAAUUAUAACUUACUCAACUUACGGCCAUAUUAACACCUUGGCCAAAUCAAUCCAACAAGGGGUGAUUGAAUCCAAAUUAGCUGACACUGUAGACAUUUUCCAAGUGCAAGAAACCCUUUCUGAUAAUGUUCUUCAAAUGAUCAAUGCCCCACCAAAGGACUCUGAGAUUCCAAUUGCCGAUUCAGAAACCUUGACUAAAUAUGACGCUUUCCUUUUUGGAUGUCCAACCCGUUAUGGUAAUGCUCCAGCACAAUUCAGUGCAUUUUUUGAUGCCACUGGUGGUUUAUGGGCUCAAGGUGCUUUACAAGGUAAGCCAGCCGGGUUUUUCGUUUCCACCGGGACUUUAGGUGGUGGUCAAGAAGUCACCAUUAGAAAUAUGUUGAGUUUCUUGGUUCACCAUGGUAUGAUUUAUGUUCCAACUGGUUACGCUGCUUUUGAAGAUAUGGCCAACAUGGAAGAAGUCCAUGGGGGUUCUCCUUACGGGGCUGGUACUUUUGCCGGUGCUGACGGUUCAAGACAACCAAGCGAUUUAGAAAAAAGAAUUGCUAAAGUUCAAGGUCAAACUUUUGCUAAAACUGCAUCUAAGUUA